AUGCCUGAUUCCAGUGCAAAAAACCCCAGAGGAGCGCUGAAAAGGGAGCUCUUUGCAGGAACUGCCUGUGAAAAGCGGCAGCGCUUCCACUCCAACCAACUGUUGCAUGAGGAACAGGGACAGGUCACCCGGGGACAGACAGGGAAGAGGAGGCUCCCCAAGAAGAUGCCAACAUCGGUGGUCCGGAGAUUUCAACUGCUACUUGCCUAUCCUCAUGGUGGCACCUCUCUGCUGGUUCAGAAUCUACCAGUGCCUUUGAGAGAGAAUCAUGGGAAGUCUCCUUCUGUGGGAUUUACAGCUUCAGAAAAAUCAUUGGAUGGUCAGGUCACCAUGAUUCAUCCUUUGGAUAACCCCUUACCUCAUCUUCCUGUUCCCCGUCCAAUUUGCCAUAAAGAUCCCAAGUUCAUUCUUAGUAUUGACCGAGUACAAGAUGGCUAUUUGGGUAAAGUUUUCCUUUUGGUCAUGUCUGCAGAGUUUCUCGAGCAGGACAAGGCUUUCAUCGCUGCAUUAAUGCCCUCCCCCUCAUUUUCCAUGUUUCGUGGCAUACUGAAGAUGUCUGUUGUACUUGGUGUGUUUGUUGAAAAAGUGCUGAAGAAACUUUUCCCUCAUGUUCCAAGUGGCCAAGAAGAGCUUGUACCAGUGACUGGAGCCUCGGAAAAACCACCUGAGAAGAUAACACCUCAGAAAGCGAAACUCAAGAGAGCUCACCCAUUGACAGGUGAUGACACCCAGAUCCAGCCUGAAAGACGAGUAUAUACAGUAAGUCUGCCUCCCACGGGAUAUGUUCCAUGUUUGCCAGAGUCAAACACUAGUUUAAAGUCUGAGAACUCCUGCAGCAGUGAUGACAUAGAAGAUGAAGAGCCUCGUGAACAACCAAGGAGAAAAAGAAUUAGAAAGCACAGAUCAAAGAAAUGUCUUAAAAAUUCCACUCCUGUCUUUGUAAAACAAGUCAAAUUAGAAGAACAGCAGAGUCUUUUACCAGAAAAAUUACAGCCAAAGCACACAGAUGGCCCUACGAUAAGCAAAAAUAAAAAAAGGAAACUGAAAAAGAAGCAGCAAAUUAAAAAAAAGAAAGCAGCUGGCUUACUAACAAAAGCCUCUGGCAUCAAUUUCAUGUACCAGCCUGAGGAGAGCACCAGUGAGCAAGAAGAAUUAGGAAACACUGACAGGGAAGGUGAUGAAGAUACCAAGGAGGAAAAUGUAGAAGACCUUGAUGAGGAAGAUGUCAGAGACGCUGAGGAAGAGGUUCAAGACGGCAAUGAGGAAGAUGUUAAAAGUGCAAAUGAAAAGGCAGAUAGUAUUCUAAAUUUCUUGAAGUCAACACAAGAAAUUUAUUUUUAUGAUGGUAUCUCCAAAGGUUCAGAUUCAACUCUCUCUACGGAAGCCACCGAGGAGCUAUUUAAACAUCUUGAAUCUCACAGCAUGUCUCCCUCAGAUGUAUUCAUUCUGGAUCACUUGAAAACACUGUUACUUUUGCAAGAUACUGAAAGAUUGAAGAAUGCUCUGGAGAUAUUCCCAGAGCAUUGCAUGAUGUCUUUUGAUCAUGCCAGAGUAAUUUCAACUUUCUUUAACUACUGGAUUACAGAUAUUCUUCCUGAGAGAAAUAGUGAAUAA